AUGAAGAGCAUGCAAUCCCUGGGCAACGGUAGCGCCAGCAGUAUAGGCGGCAGCAAUGGCAGCUUCAACGAUGCCCCAAUUGGAGGCGCGAGCGCCAGUCCUGACGAUGCAGGCGGUCGGCCGCCCGCGCUCGCCAGCCGCGAUGGCCCCGCUCGCGGCGGCAAGCGCCUGCAGCAGCACGCGCGCCGCGAGCUCCUCAGCCGCGCGUGGUCGGUCGUCGCCGGCGGCGCAGCGGACGUCGCGCGCUUCCGCGGCGCGCGCUCCAUCACGCCGCCCGCGCACGUCGCGGCCCGGGAGGCGCAGGUCGCAGCCGCGGGCGCCGGGGGCGGCGAGAAGCUUGCUGAUGUCAUCGGGCGACUGCUCUACAGAUACUACCUCUGGCGCCAGAACACGCUGAACGAUCUGCAGCUCAUUGUCGGCCUCAGCACCUCUCUGCUGCUGCUGGGCUCAUGGGCGCGUCACAAGCUGCUCGCAGCGCGCGUUGCGGCUGCCGCGGCGGCUACAGCCGUGGGCGGCGGCAGCGGCAGCGGCGAGGCGGCCGCGGGGUCUGGCGGGGGCCUGCCGGCGGCGGCGCUGGAUUGGUGGCAGGACGCGUACACUGUGAUGCUAAAUUCAUUUGGGGAGAACUUUCCAGCCAGCGACGCGGAUCCCCUUGAGCAGCUGUUCAGUGUCAUGGUGGCCGUCUUUGGCCUGGCGGCCUUCGCUCUGGUGCUGGCUCUGGUUGAGCAGGUUGUCCUCGAGGCAAAUAACAGGAACGUCAAGAGGGGAUCACGCGUCUACGAGACAGGACACUAUCUUGUGCUGGGGUGGUGCAACAGCCAGCGGGACCUGGAGAUGGUGAUGAAGGUGGUGGAGCAGAUCUGCCUGGCGUACCGCCACGACGGCGGCACGGCGGUGGUCGUGAUGACUCAGCGCGAGAAGCUGGAGAUGGAGGACCUCUUCAGGCGCUCAGUGCCGGAGCGCGCGCGCCACGGGACGCGCCUCGUAUUCCGGCAGGGCAGCCCCCUGGUGCCCGCCGACCUGCGCCUGGUGGCCGCCAGCAGGGCGGGGGCCACCGUCAUCAUCAGCGACCAGUCGCGGAGCCCCGCGGAGGCGGACGCCCAGGUGGUGCGGUGCGCCAUCCUGCUGGACGAGCUGGACGGCUACGUGGGCCUGCGCCACGGCACGGCCAUGGGCCAGUGA